AUGGGAAAUAAUAGUGAUGAUGGAGUAAAUUUGGUUGCAGGAGAAGCAGCCCAACGAGCAGGAGUAUCUGUAUGGGCAGCUGCUGAUGCAACUCUGGGAGAUGGGAAAAUUAUUAUUGGGUACGGAGGAUGGAGAUUUAACCUGAACUGGCUUCUUGCGGAAGAUGCAUUCAAAAAUGUGGGUCCCAAAGCAAGCAGAUCAUUGGGUGACUACGUCAGGCCAAUCUACAACUUAGAAGCCUUCAUUAUUAAGACAUAUGAGAGACUUGAAAUUCAUGGUACAACCACCCAGGAACGGGGCACAGCCAUCCAGAACUUGGAAAGACAGGUGAGGAAAAUUGCUAAUCUAUUGUCUGCAAGUGCUCUAGGAGCUCUUCAGGGAAAGUUGAUUCAAAGACAAGUGGAAACUGUGAAAGAGUAUAAAAAUAAUGAAAAUCAAGAAGGUGAAGUGAGGGUAGAUCCAAAGGAUGCUCUGAAGAGGAAGAUGAAGACUAGAGCUCUGAAAAAGAAGAAGAAUGAAAAUUUAGUGAAUGAGGAGACUGGGGAAAGCAAAUAUAUGUAUUCUCUACCUUUCCCCCAGAAGCAAAGAAGAGAGAAGAUGAACAAACAAUUUGGGCAUUUUCUAGAAGUGCUCAAGCAGGUGCAUGUUAAUCUACCUUUCAUAGAGGUACUCUCACAAAUGCCAUCAUAUGCCAAGAUAUUGAAGGAGAUAUUGUCCAACAAGCAGAAACUUGAGAAAGAAAUUGGAGUAAUCAGAUCUCGACCUGUGUCAUUGCAGCUAGAAGAUCAGACUAUAAUAAUACCUGAAGGAAUAAUAGAAGAUGUGCUAGUUCAGGUGAACAAAUUUACGCUCCCUAUGGACUUCAUCGUGGUCAACAUAGAAGACAAUAAGGAGGUCCCUCUGAUUCUAGGGAGAUCCUUCUUGUCUACUGGCAGUAGUACAGUGGAUAUUCAGGAAAGGUGUAAGAAGGAGGUUACAUCUACGAGCCCGCAGAUGCGAGGCUGA